UGUCGGCUGUCACUGUUUUCUAGGUGCACGCGCGCUGGAAGUUUGAGCGUCUCGAGCGCUCCACGGAAUUAACGGCAGAAGCACGAGCGCGUUAAGCUGCGCGGGGCCGCGAGCGGAUUGUCCACCAUAUCACCGGGAACAUGAACAUGGCACUGAACAGGUCGCCCUCUGCCACGGAAAAUUGGAACGGGGCCCCUGAACGCAUGCGUGUUUCUGCGGGGAAGAGUGAGUCCUCUUCAAUGCAGAGCGAGAAACUCCGCUGUCUUGCCCGAGAUAUCUCUGAACUGGGCCAGCAGGGCACGGCCAGCAGCGGGCAUGAUGCCAAUGACAUUGCUGAGGACACGGAGGAGCCGGGCCCUGGUCCAGGAGGAGGGCUGUGUUUUGCAGACGGCCGCAGAAGAGUGGACUAUGUUCUUGUUUAUCACUGCAAGAGACGUCAGUCCCAACACCGCCACUCUGUUGUCUCCAACGGUAACGUGCCGUCUCAAAGCCCCACCCCUUCCCGCAGGAGUACGAAGGGCGAUAUUUCGGAGGUGGUGCUGGAGGCGGGGCUUGCAACGGAACCCGCCAACGAGCUACAAGAUAAAAUUAGGGAGGAAUUUGAAAGAGGACUUCAGGAGGAAGGCUUGGAGAUUGAACAUGACAAAGAGAUGAGAACGGUCCGGUUUACCCGUCUCCAUGUUCCCUGGUCUGUUCUCAGUCGUGAGGCAGAACUUCUUAAGAUCAGAGUGCCGACUAAAAAGACAUAUCAGCUGAAAGAGAAGACGGGGCUCAUGGGCAUAAUAAGCUCGUUUUGGACGAAGAUCAAUCAGCCGUUCCAGCCGGGCGUCCCGGAGCCCCAAGACCCACGCACGCGUGUGCUAUCCCAGCCGUUCAGCAGAGACAAGCUACACCUAUUUGAUAUAAAGUCGAAAAACAGCUUGUUCAGCAAUGCAAUACGAGGUCGAAUUGUUUAUGAAAUUCUGAGGCGCACAGCCUGCACACAGACCUGUCAAACUAUGGGUAUUUCAUCAAUGCUAGCUAAAGGGGUUUAUGAUUCUGCCUUCCCUCUGCAUGAUGGAGACUUUGACAGCUCAGAAGAUAAAGAGCAUCGCAACGACAGACAGAUGCUGCAUGAGGAAUGGGCCAAUUAUGGAGCUUGCUACAAAUAUCAGCCAAUGGACCUUAUAAGGAAGUACUUUGGCGAGAAGAUUGGCCUGUAUUUUGCCUGGUUGGGAGUGUACACACAACUGCUGAUUCCAGCCUCGGCUUUAGGAGUCGCAGUAUUCCUGUACGGCUGCCUCACCGUAGACACCAAUGUGCCCAGUCAAGAGAUGUGUGAUGAGCGUCUUAAUUUCACGAUGUGUCCUCUAUGUGAUCGUGUGUGUGAUUACUGGCAACUGAGCAGUAUCUGCAGUACGGCGCGUGCCAGCUAUCUGUUUGAUAACCACGCCACCGUGGGCUUUGCCAUCUUUAUGUCCCUAUGGGCGGCAGUGUUUCUAGAACAUUGGAAGAGGAGGCAGCGAUGUUUGCAGCACAGCUGGGAUCUGACAGGCAUGGAAGACGAUGAGAAUGAGCUACGGCCAGCAUAUGAGGACUUUCUCCUUAAGAAACAAGAGAAGAAGGCAAAGAAUAAGAAGAAGGAAGAGCCGGACGCAGGAACGGAUGACAAAGGAAGAGAGAAGCUACUGUCUGCUAAAGGAGGACAGUCGCCGCUUGCCUCUGAGUCUUUGUCAUGGACAGACCGGCUGCCAGGAUACUGCAUCAACAUAUCCUCUAUCCUCCUUAUGGUUGGGGUCACGUUCUCUGCCGUGUCUGGAGUGAUUCUCUACCGCAUCAUUGUGUUUGCGGUUAUGUCAAUGAACCCUGAUCACGAGGCCAAGGCUAAUGUGCGUGUAACCGUGACAACCACCGCUGUCAUCAUCAACUUGCUGGUGGUUCUGGUGCUGGAUGAGAUCUACGGCGCUAUAGCGGCCUGGAUUACAGAGCUUGAAAUUCCAAAGACUGAAUCGACAUUUGAGGAGCAUGUGAUCUUGAAAGCUUUUUUGCUGAAGAGCAUGAAUGCAUUUGCACCUGUCUUCUAUGUGGCUUUCUUUAAGGGCAGGUUUGCCGGUCGUCCGGGUGACUAUGUUUAUGUCUUUAAGGACUUCCGCAUGGAAGAGUGUUCUCCAGGUGGUUGUCUUAUUGAAGUGUGUAUUCAGCUGGGAAUCAUUAUGUUGGGAAAGCAGCUCAUUCAGAAUAAUGUGUUUGAAAUUGCCAUUCCAAAGCUGAAGAAGAUGUAUCGCACUUAUAAAGAGGAGAAAGAUGGAUCGGCAGAUGAGGAGGACAAAGAUUCAAAACGAGAACCACAGCGCUGGGAUUUGGACUAUGAUCUGGAGCCAUAUGAAGGAUUGAGCCCAGAGUACAUGGAGAUGGUUAUUCAGUAUGGAUUUGUCACACUCUUUGUGGCCUCCUUCCCGCUGGCACCAGUCUUCGCUCUGCUUAAUAAUGUCAUUGAAAUCCGACUAGAUGCGGCAAAAUUUGUCACUGAAAUACGCAGACCUGAUGCAGUCAGUGCUAAAGAGAUUGGCAUAUGGUACAACAUCUUGAGUGGAAUAAGCAAGUUUGCUGUCAUUACAAAUGCAUUUGUGAUCUCCUUUACAUCUGAGUUCAUUCCUCGGAUGGUGUUUCAGUAUUUGUACAGUGAGACAGGCACCAUGCAUGGUUAUACCAACCACACACUGGCAUAUUUCAACACAAGCAACUUUAAACCUGGCACUGCCCCGCAUGACACUGACUUUGACAGACAACUCCGUAUUUGCAGGUACAAAGAUUAUCGAGAUCCACCUUGGUCUCCUGAGUCUUACCAGCUUUCUAAGCAGUACUGGUCUGUGCUCGCUGCACGCCUGGCUUUUGUCAUUUUUUUCCAGAACUUGGCCAUGUUCCUCAGUAUGCUGGUGGCAUGGUUGAUCCCAGACGUGCCUCGUUCUCUGAAGGAGCAGUUGAAGAGAGAGAAAGCACUCCUGAUGGAUCUUCUGCUCACCGAGGAGGCAGACAAGCAAUGCACCCAGUCACACACAAUGACAACUACCAACAAUGAUGUAGUCAUCAAGGGUCUAGAGGAAGGAUCAUCGGAGGAGCUGCCUGUCUGCAGUGGGGUAAUGCUAAGCCAGUCAGAUGAAGAGCUGAAAGAACUACAGGUGACCAACAGAGAGGAGGAAGAGCUUGAGGAACAAUCAGCAGAGGAACCCAUCGCAUCCACCAGUGAUCUGCCUGAUAGACCUCAACCUUCGACCUGUGAAAGUCUCAAUACAACUUCAGAGUCCCUGUCUAAGAUAGCCUGUCAUGAUGAAUCACCCACCACACCUUCAGGAUGUUCAAACCAGUCUGUUCAUUCAAUCAAAACCGGCUCACUAUCAAGGCACCGAGAGUUUGACUCGAAUGAACCUCCACCUCGAGAUCCAAGUUCCAGGGCUAAGAGCCGUUGCCGAACCCUUCCGCCAAGGCACGGAGGACCUGAAGCUGAAGCGCAUGUAACCAGACCUAGCCACUCGACCACAUUCACACAUCUCGACCAGAAAGUUCCUCCAUCUUCUUGCGAGCUCACCCGAAUGGUCUCUAGAGGACCAUCUAAAACCAAGCCCUCUGAAAGCCAAACGUCUGUCUCGGAUUCACUGGAUUCAGAGCUCACGAGCAGCCAUUCCAUAGCGCUCCCUCGCCCACCAUCCAGACCGGAGCUUGCUAGCAGUCUUUCGACAGUCUUGCCACGUCCUCCUUCGAAACCAGAGCUUGCGGGCAGCCAGUCAACAGGACUACCAUGGCCUCCCUCCAAACCAGAGCUGAUGGGAACCGCAACGAAAGGGCUUCCACCACGUGAUCCAGGCUCGAAAGUUAAGGGCCGAUGCCAGACUCUUCCUCCGAAGUAUAGAGGCACAGAGACUUCUGGGGAGACGAAGACCAGACCUAGUCACUCCACCACCUUCACACACCUCAGUCAACAGAUCCCCGCCUCACCCAGUGAUCUCAAACGUAACACUCCCGUAUGAGUGGAACAAGAUUAAGUGGAGCAGCACUCCACCUUUUCAGCACCUUGCAUCCGAUCACCAUUCUCAGUGCCAGGCAACCCAUGCCAUCAACAACUCAUCUUUGACUUCUCAUUGAUGACUGAACAAGCAUCUUCAGUAACUCUGGAUGUAGAUCAAUCGUUGAUGGCUUGGUCGAGGUUCACUUGGUUGGUUAACUAGGCGGACUUCUUUUGCACAGAAUCACCAACUUUACUGGAGGACCGAGUGCAGACUUGUGCAUUCUGGGUAUUCUUCUGGAGCCAUUUGACAUGGCUCGAUGACUCUUAAACAUUGUCUUAUACUGUGACUUGCCAUUCUCUCUUUCACAUAUAAACUCCUGUACAGACAUACGCAGAUAUACACACACCAAAUCUCAUUAACCUGACCUCUUGAACCAGAAGAGGCGAGAAGAGAGAGAGGCUUAGGAAUAUGGGCCAAAGGGCUUUGCAGUCCAUACGAUUUGUUACUCAGCAAGUGGAACUUUCAUUUCGUGGUGUGUUCUUUCAUGAGUUUUGCUAACAUGUACUUAACCAGAAUAAUAACUAAAUGUGAACUUACUGACUCAAUACGUCAGCUUCAAAAUGAGCCAACUUGUUUGUGGAAUUGUCUUUUUGUCUUUGGUGGCAACAUCAGUAGUGUCUCAUUCACAUGGCAAUUUAGCACGUAGCUUGGCAGCACGCUCAUGACAUGAUAAAGAAAUGUGAUGUUGAAAUGGAUUCAAAGCCAAUUACAUUGUACAUUUUAAAUACACUGUAGUAUUUUACAUAAUCCCAUUUAGCACUAUGCUAGCACAGCUAAAGCUAAUGUAAAGCAUGCUAUAUUCACUGUGAAGAGGUUUUCAGGGAUUUGAACCCAAUUGUCACUUUUUAAGUUAUUCCUCACUAACGGGGGACAAAAGGUGUGAAUGCAUACAGGCCACGUUCACACUGCCAAGUUUUUGAAGUGACAAAUGCAUUUAUUUGCAGGAAUGAAUAGCUAAGUUACCACUCCAUUUGUGUACGGAAUACAAAAUGUCAAUCCUACCACUCCAAACAAGCAAUAGUUAAUGUCUCACAGCUGUAAAGAUACAUGCCAGCAGUUUAGCCUGUUUUAUAUUUUUCUGCAAACUAAUAUUAGCGUACUGAGAUGUAUUAGCGUCCGGCAAUUUUUAAUGCGUUAUUAGUUGUCACUAAUAACCAAACUCUCUGUGUACAGAACAGGAUUAAGGGAUUAGUUCACCCAAAAUGAAAAUUAUAUCAUCAUUUACUCACCGUGAUGGCUCAAGCCAAUAUUAGUUUCUUUCAUCCCUGGAACACAAAAUAAGAAAUGAUGUUGAGUGUCCAGGCUUCUCUCUUUGAUGUAAUAAAGUGAAUGGCUAUUUAUACUUUACAAAUUCUAUAAAAGACAAAAAGCACCAUAAAAGCAGACCAGACGACUCGUAUGCUAUAUUCUGAAGCCAUACAACAGCUUGUGUGACAAACAAACUCAAAUAUUGGGGUGAACUAUUAAAACAACAGGAGUCGACGGCUGUAUUUAGCUGCAAUGUGGGCAUGGCCUCUGUGUAUUCAGGUCUAUGUGGCAUGGCAGGUGUGUAUGAUAUGCAUUGUGCUAACAGGGAUCAAUUAGCUAAGAAGAGUUACAAACAGCAGUCAAGUAGAUCAUUCACUUCCAUGUUAUUUCUAGAGGUCUUGAGAAACUCUGACAAUAUUUUGAUAUUAUAAUGAAAAAACAUGAUUACUGUUCAUAAUAAAAAGUGCAAAGGAAGAAGUUUGUCUUAUUUUAUUUAUUUAUUUGUUUGUUUGUUAUAGCAUGGUUUGUCAGAAUGCACUGCUACUUUUGAAUGUCUGUCAAUGGAAAAUGUGCUUUUAUCCCUCAUAAUGUUGUAGUUACAGCAACUACCACCAGGGGCUUAUUGGAUCAUGCAUCUUUGACCCUCUGCUGUAUACUGACUCUCUAAAUGCUGUAUUUUCGACCACCACAAGAUGGAGACAGCAAACCUACACCAAAGGACACUGAAGGCUGGGACAUCAGUAAAACAAAGGACUAUCAGAAUCAAGUCAUGCAUAGAUUAGUAAAUACAGGUGGAGCCAGUGAUUCACACCUUCACAAUAUUACAUAAAGUAAAGAUUUCUUCUGUCCUGCAUUACCACAUACAGGACUUUCCCCUAGUGAAAAUGUCAAAAGGAACCAGUCGGAUCAGGACUUUUCUCAAGAAUCAAAUUUCAUAAACUGAAAUGUUCUCAUUUUAAAAUUGUCGAAAUAUAAAUAUAAAAAAAAAGUAUAAAAAAGCAUAAUUGUUGUCAAAAUCCUAUAAGAAUGUGUACAGGAUUCAUACUGGAUCAUAAUUUGGAACCAACUUUAGUGUAUAUACACCAAUUGAAAUUUAUAAUUAUCAUUAUAAUAAUAUGUCUGUGUGGGAUAUUAAAAGGAAUUUAAAGAGCAGUAAGAUUUCCUUAUCUUUAUCUCCCUUUUUCCUUUGUCCUUUAUCUAUCCAGUAGUAAGACAUGUUCUGAUAAAGAUUACACAAUAUCCAGAAGGAGUUCAAGGAUCCUGUAGGAUUUUCAGUUUGGUUAAGUUCCAUUGGAAUCUAUUUAAAUUGUUUCCAAAUUAUGAUCCAAAGAAAUUCUUUAAACAUUUUGACUGGGGGCAUCACAAGAACUAUGUCUUGGUAAUGUACAGUUACGAAUCCCACAGGGGGCGCUGUAGGAGUUUAAAAAUCCUAAACAAUUUUCUGUCAAUUACUUUUAAUGUCUUACAUGGGCAUUUUAU